AUGGCGCUGAAGGUCUUCAUCGAGCACGGCAUUGUCCAUUCCCCCUACCCAGGGGGUUCUGUGCCAAAAAUAUCAGUGUAUCAGGCCCUGAAAGAAAGACUGGCUCAAUACGGCGAAGGAACCGCGUUGAUAUGCAAAGGAAAGGAGGUGACGUAUUCCGAGAUGCUGAGAAUGGUGCAGUGCUACGCGGCUGGUUUUCAAAGCCACGGCAUAAAUCCUGGCGACAAGGUGCUCGUGCACGUGGACGAUUCUGUGGAAAACUUGGUUGCCAUGUAUGGAAUUGUGUGUGCUGGAGGGGUCGUAAUUCCAUCUGAGCCGGGAUCGGAACAAGGUGAAGUGCUGAGGAAAAUAGACGAUGGAAAUGCUAGUCACGUGCUCACCACACCAGGAGAAGCCUACCUGUUUAAGAGUCUAACUGAGGGCACGCAAAUCCAAACAUUUUUCGUCACGGGCGAGAACCCUGCAUACAUUUCGGUAGCGGAAUUCAAGACCAUAAAAGAGGAACAAUUUACUGAAAUUCCUGAUAUUGACGUUGAAAGAGACCUCAUCGCUCUCUGCUUUACAUCUGGUACAACAGGUCGUCCAAAGGCAGUCGAAGAAACGCACUACAGUUGUGUCGCUGGUUUACAGCCUUACAGUUGA